AUGGGUUUUACAGUUUCCCUGCAGAACUCUAUGGUUGAGGUUCAUUGUUUGCAAGGCUUGCGAUGGUGGUCUAGUCAAGCUGGGCCUGGUGUCGGUAUAGGUAGUUGCUCAACAUUGAAGGGGUGGACCUUUUAUCCAAAUUGUUCAAUGAAUUGCAGUCACGGAAAUCAGUUGUAUUGGCAAGGGAAAGAAUUUCUUGGGUCUGGAAGAACUUUGUUUCCUUUACAGUGCAGAGGAGUGCGAAGGAGUGUCAGCAUUGAUAGAGUCGAUGAAAAUGAUCAAGAUGAGUGGAGCUUCAGAAGUCAUAUAUCAGGUACUGGGAGAGAAUUCAAAGUGGAAAUAACCUCAAAGAAUCAUGGAGCUUCAAUAUUGUCUGCUGACGGACCCCUUGUUGAAAAUGAUGAGGAAGCCAACAAUGAAAUCCUUCAGAAUUUGUGCAAAAGGGGCAGGUUGAUGGACGCAUCAAAACUGAUAGAUAUUAUGUCACGUAGAAACCAAAUUCCUAACUCCACUUGCUCCACAAACUUAAUCAGGGGCCUUAUCAGAAUUGGUCGGAUAGAAAGAGCUUCCAGGGUUCUUAAAAUUAUGGUCAUGUCUGGUUUAGUUCCGGAUAUUAUUACAUACAACAUGAUGGUAGGAGGUUUCUGUAAGAGAAGACAAUUUAGAUCUGCCAUUGAUCUGCUGGAAGACAUGAGCUUGAGUGGUUGCCCUCCAGAUGUGAUCACUUACAAUACAAUAAUCCGCAGCUUGUUUGAUAGUGGAAAACUUGAUCAAGCUGUUAGAUUCUGGAAGGGGCAGUUAAGGAGGGGAUGCCUUCCUUAUCUAAUACCUUACACAAUCCUCAUUGAGCUAGUCUGGAAGCAUUGUGGAACUGCUCUGGCCCUGGAAGUAUUGGAAGAUAUGGCAAUCGAGGGCUGUUAUCCAGAUCUUGUUACCUACAAUUCAUUGGUUAAUUUUGCUUGUAAAAAGGGAAAGUAUGAGGAUGCAGCUUUGAUUAUAUACAACAUUCUGUCUCAUGGGAUGGAACCCAAUGCUAUAACUUAUAACAGCCUCCUCCAUUCUCUUUGUAGCUGUCAAUUAUGGGAUGAAGUAGACGAGAUCCUUGCAAUCAUGAAAGAAACCUCCCAUCCUCCAACAGUGGUUACUUACAACAUUCUGAUCAAUGGGUUGUGCAAAUGUGGGCUUGUGGAGCGUGCAAUUAACUUUUUUGUUCAAAUGGUUUCCGAAAAUUGUUCUCCGGACAUUAUAACUUACAAUACUCUCCUUGCUGCACUAUGCAAAGAAGGAAUGGUGGAUGAGGCCCUUCAAGUAUUUGUCUUCUUGAGUGAUAGCAACUGUUCUCCUGUGUUAAUAACUUACAACACUGUGAUUGAUGGAUUGACUAGGAGGGGCUAUAUGGAUGAAGCAAUGAAAUUAUACAAUCAAAUGAUAGAAAAAGGGAUUGCUCCUGAUGGUAUCACCCACCGGUCUUUGGUUUGGGGGUUUUGCUGGAUAGAUCAAGUUGAGGAUGCCGUGGAGAUAUUGAGGGAGAUGGGAAAGAGAGACCACAGGAUCAAUAGUAGUGCUUAUGGAUUGGUAAUCAAUGGAUUAUGUAGAAAUAAGAAAGUAGAUGUUGCAAUACAAGUCCUAGAAAUGAUGAUCUCAGGUCGAUACAAGCCAGAUGAAGGAAUUUAUUCUACUUUAAUUAAAAGUGUGGCUGAUGCUGGUAUGAUUGAAGAGGCUAAUGAAUUGCAUAAGAAGUUGAUAGAGAGAAAGGUUUUUAGAGAACAAACCAUAAUGGAUUAA